UCCUCUUCGUAUUGUCCAUCUGUAUAAUCACUGGAGGCUGUUUGGAAAGCAGACGGCCUUUGCGGUACCAUUGAAUGUACAUAUCGUUGUACAAGGUGACCAAAGACACCCUGCAUAUCUUUUCUAUGAAUCUAUAGCAAAAAAUUAAAAGUAAUAACGGUGUUAUAUACAAUUAUAAUAAAAAUACAUACCAUAGCUAUGAAUUCUGGGUAAUCUAGAUAUCCAGAAUCAUCUAAAUCCGCAUUUCGCAUAAUUGUACGGACAACCCUCGUUGGAAUAUCAUUGGAAUAAGUAGAACUAUGUAUCAUAGCUUUUAGUUCUUGAUAAGAGAUCUUUCCAUCGCCGUCAAGAUCAUACUUUUCAAAUAUAGCUUUCCAAUGCUAAAGAUAUCAAAAAAAUAGAUUCGCAGAAUUAUUAAAAAGGUUAUAAGGAUUUAAUACAAAUUAUAAAUGUAAAUACUAUUUCUUACAGAAUUAUUAUAUUGCAAGGGAAUUGUUACUCCCGACUCUCCCCCUUGGUUGCUUGACAUUCUGACCAGCUUGAAACCACUGUAAAAAAAUAAUGAUACUCACUUAUUUACUUGCUGAAGUACAUACAUUUUUAAACGUUCAACAUCUAUCACAAAGAAGCUGUAUACAAUAUUAUAUAUAAUAAAGUAUUACACUCUGUGUAUAAUAUCGACCCUUUUAAAAAAACAAAAUCAAUGAAACUGAGAAGAUUCCAAUACGUUCAUCAAAAUGAACAAUAAGUCGCACGAUUAAGUGAUAAAUUACACAUCGAAGGCGUCGCAAUGUGUCAUACGAAUAAACCACACUGUAUUAUAUUAUGAAAGUGUUUCUUUGACUGACUCGUCAGACGAGCCACUAAUAGGUCGAUACCUAUGUCUAUUACUCAUAGAAUGAUAUCGAUCUAUUUUAUCUUAUCAGAAAGAUAUAUUAUCGGUACGACGAAUGCAGAAUUGUAUAAAUGCAUGGUUACCGGUGAAUACAAAUUCUGAUUCGGAUUUUAAGAAUGAGUGCGUACAUGUGUUCUACUUGAUUGUGUUCUUAGCCUCAAUACCUACGAAACGCGUUGAUAAUCCAGUCCAGUGCGAUGACUAAAACUAUCUUCGAACAGAAUUCUCCAUUUCUACACAAUUAUUACAUUACAAGAAACUGUUCAUCUUGUACGUGUAACAGGAUAUAAUUUAAAAAGACAGCACGCACCAGUCGUCGACGUCGCAACAGGUGAACUCGACCAAGCGUCGUGCGAAUAGAGAAAGUAAUGUACCGCAAUGCUGCGAAUCGAUGGUAGAUCGUCGAAAUCGUUCCUUUACCGAUUCUCGAUAUAUGUAAUAUUUUUUCUUUCAUGAAUUAAAAUAUUUUGUUCAACGGCAGCGCAUAUGUGUAUGAAAAUAUCAAUAAGUAAUCCGUUACAUUCUAAACAAAGCGGUGUAAUACGAUUUGAACUUGAAACAUUUUCCGACAGUUUCGCUUCGUGUCCACCAAUGGCGUAGACAGCUGAACAGAUUUUAUUUUAAAAAACUAAAUACAUACUACUGAUUUACAGCUUAUUUACUAAUAAAAUAAAUUUGUUUUCUCGAACACUCUAAUCACGUCUUAAGAAAUGCCGUAAAUGUACAAUGUCACGGUUCGACGUUAUACAAUUGUUAGCCGGGAAUAAUUGUGCAAAUCAUAAGUGCUUAUAAUUUUUUCUUCCUGCGUGUUUCUAUUUUUGUUUAAUCAUCCAUUGAUUGCAUCAUUAAUUUUACAUCCGAGUACGUAAGAGAAGAAUAGCGUACGCGCUAUUCGGGUAGUCAUUCGGCCGUGAAAGGUUCCUAUAAAGCUUGUUUUUACUGCAUAUAAGAGUUCCGUCUUGAAAAGCUGACUCAACAGGAUACAGGGAUCUCCCGGCUACGUUUCAUUUCUAAUUUAAAAGCGACGCCGAAUAACCGGCUUCCAUGCGCACAGGUAGACAUAAAUGUACACGACACGAAGGUGUCCAACAUGUUGAUGGUAUCUACAGUUUCGGCUUUAUGUUAGCCUGUUACACACAAACGGCGGGGAUCAUGUGAAUUCCAAGUGCAGGUGCACUGCGCGAUGUGCGCCCCUGGUUACCAAGCAACAAGAAGAUCGAUAAACAAUGCUUUUAUCGUGCGACUGCUGCCGGUUAUUUUCAAACGGUACACUAAUCGAGUCAGUGUACAAAUCUGCUUUGUCUCAUACGGAUCAGUCCCCGCAAUUAAUUAUUGUCGACGUAGAAUCAAAUGUUAACGAAAAUACGUAAAGAAAAAAUAUCCUCCAGUUACCGGGUCAAUGAGUCUAUAAAUAAUUUCAAAAUAAGAGUCAAAAUCGUACAGCAAAGACCUUUGCUUGCAGAACUCCUCGAGGAUGAAGAAGAUACCAGAGACUCGAAUUUUGUUCAAGAAGAAGAUUAUAUUUUUGAUUGGCAAGAAAAGGUGUUCAGCCCGUUCGAAGUUGACUUUUACAAGGAUGAGAAAAAUUGCACGACAGAGACACAGAAGUCCUAUUGCCGAAAAAUCAACGAGGAAAGCGUUAAAGGCUCUCAUCUGUACACCUACACGCAAACGGACUCGUAUUAUUCGGAGAAUGAGCUAUUGACGAGACCAUACAAGUCAAAAUUGGCCUGUAGAAAUGGAACGGCGUUGCCGUCUUUGCAAAACCGUAAACCAUUUACCGAAAGAUACAAUAAAUCGGUCAUCGACGAUAAACCUGGCGAAGCAAGGAUACGCGCGAACCAUUAUGUCUACAUGGAAAGAUCUACGAUGUAUGUCAUGGUUGAUUUAUCUCGAAGAGAUAAAGCUGUAUCGAAUCCGGACAAGGAUUCCGAAACAGUGCUAUGCGUUAUUGCAUACGAUCGGUUGCACAAAACCUUGUCCGUGAAUCCUGACUUCACGAACGAUCGUCCUUACGUCGUGACGAAUUCCAGUGGCGUGGAAUUUAAUUAUUGGAUCGAACACACCUCCGAGGAACAAACACCGGAAGAAUUGCAAGAAGAACGGAACGAGUUGCAACGUGAAAGUAAAGAAAGAUUAAUGUAUAAAGAAGCAGAAAUAUCUCCGAGUUUCGAGCUAACUACACCACAGAUACAUAAAGUUUUUGUAAAACUUGAUAUUCUGUCUGCUCACGAAUUUAUUUUCGAUGGCCUUUGCGUUUCAUAUUAUAUCCAGUUACCAGAAGAUUGGAGUACCGACCAAAGUGAUAGAUUAUUUGGAAGGACUCAGCGGUGUAAUUUGAAAAAUAAAUCAGCAUAUUUUGGGUAUGCUACUGAAAUAUCUCUGGAUUUUAAAUCAGACAAUGCAUUAACUGCAAAAAAGACUUUACCAUUUUGGCCUAGAUUCUUACUGUUGGUCACAUCUCUUGAUACAUGGUCGAGAUACCGUACAGAAGGAUAUGCAGUCAUAGCCUUACCUGCACAUCCAGGUACAUAUGAAUUUAGUAUUCCAACAUGGAGACCAACAGGAAGUAUUAUUAAUUCUCUUCGAAGAUAUUUCACGGGAGGUACUUAUGAAUUAAAUGAUAUAACUUAUUGCAACAUAUCUGCAAGAUAUGAAGAUAAAUUAUUAAAUAAGUCACACGUAAAAGUGACAUCAAACGGAUGUGUAAAGCUGAAAAUGAAUAUCAUUUAUCAAAUUCAUACUUCUACUAGAAUUGAUGAUCAGCAUGAUUACUUUCAGAAUUUAACUACGGAUAAGCUUAUGACGAAUAUAGAAAAUAUUUUCGAACAAUUUAGGGCAGCUAGGGACCGAAUGAUGCAAGUUAAACGUCUCAAUAUUUAAUCGAUUAAGUUUGAACAAAGCGAUCUGUGAUAUUAUCAAUGAAAAAAUAUUUUAAACGUCAUAAUUAAUAAGUAACAUUUAUUUCUAUAAUUAUAAAUAUCUUUUAUAUAAUAUUAUAACUAAAAUACUGACUUUUUUUGAUUUUUACAUGAUAAAUGAUACUAAAAAUGCUAUUAACAUUA